AUGCCUUAUACCGGGUUUUUUGAGAUUUUGCCGUUGUUCGGAGAAGAUUGCUGGACCAAGGUCCAGUCAGGAUGGCCUGCUGUUGGGGAUGCGACGGCUACCGGGGAUGAACCCUUCCGCCAGCCAGUUGAUGAAGCCCUCGAGCGGUUUCAUGCAAGAAUGGCAAGGGCGGCGGCUAGGGUGAACCCGGUAGUCGUCAUAGAUUUGACUCCAGAGAAGGAGAACGAGCCACCAGAGAGUGGCAAGAAGAAGAAGACCAAGGCAGAGACCAAGGUCGAGGAGAAGAAGAAGCUGGCGAAGAGAGCCGCACAUAGAAUUUUCGAUGACGAUGAUGAGGAAGAGGACGAUGCGGCGGCGCUGCGUAUGCUUACCUUGUUGUACCUCGAACGUCGUCCACCUGCUGACUUCAAGGCUCAGCCGCGGAGAAAACCAAGCGUUGGUCCCACGCAGUCCGUAGCCGACGGCUAG